CUUUCCUUAAUAUUGUUUACUGCACCACUGGAGUUCUACUGAAGGACAACAAUAAAGUUCAUUGUCUUAUGGCUCUUAUUGCAAGGAAUCUGGAUACUGGAUUAAUCAUCUUCCAGUGGAAAGAUGAAUCAUCUUUUAAAGAACCUUUCCUUAUUGUCCUGUACAUUUUUGCUAUUCGUGGACCUUUUUCACUUACAUCUGUUGCUGAUCCACCAAGUAGUGAUGGCAGCAGUAAAGAGGGUAUGGUCAGGUUUCAGAUCUUGACUGAUGACCAGACAAGGCUUCUCUUUGAAGUGAAAAAAGACAAUCAUGGAAAUAUGUUCUUGCGUGAAUUGAACAAAGCCAUUGCAGCUUACAGACAGAGGGCUCAUCUGGUCGGUAUGCCUGAAUUUGAGUGGCUGAAGAGAUAUCAGGAGCUGACUGGAAGGAAAAGUUUUUCAAACAAAGAUGGCUGGCCUUGGAGUCACAUUGAAGAAGCAAGUUCUAAUGGACCAGAAUUUGUUACAGCCACUGAAUCCAAAGUUGAUGAAGGAUCCCUGGAUGCGUUUGGAAUGCCAGGUUUUUCACCAUCCCCUACCAUCCACCCAUCAUUUUCAUCAGCAAGUCUUACUGCAUCUGAUGAAGUGGAUAAAGGUAUGGCCAACUCACCAGCUUUAACCAGGAGAUCCAUCCUUCCAACUAGUGUUGGUGCCAGAGAUGGGUUUAUUAAGCUCCACAUGGCUAGAAGGGAGGAAGAAUACACUCACGUAAAAACACUAAAGAUCUUUGUUGGGUCAUGGAAUGUUAAUGGUCAGUAUCCUGCAGAGGAUGUUACACCUUGGCUAGCAGUUUAUAAAGAUCCUCCUGACGUUUUCUGCCUAGGUUUUCAAGAACUUGAUCUCAGUGCUGAGACACUGUUAAAGAAUGUUACUCCUAGAGAGGAUGAAUGGCUUAAAAUUUCAGAGAAAGGACUACCUCAUAAAGCCAAGUACACUAAGGUGAAGACAAUUCGUCUGGUUGGCAUUUUACUGGUAGUGUUUGUGAAAAAUGAGCAUCUACAUUUUGUCAGUAAAGUUGAGGCUGAAACGGUGGCUACUGGCAUCAUGGGUCUCAUGGGCAACAAAGGAGGGGUGGCCAUUAGAAUGCAGAUACACAACACCAGUAUUUGUUUUGUGAAUUCACAUCUAGCAGCUCACACAGAAGAAUUUGAAAGAAGGAACCAGGACUAUCGAGAUAUUCUAACCAAGCUGGAGUUUAAUGGAGCCGAUGGGUCUCUUUGUAUAACUGAUCAUGAUGCAGUGUUCUGGUUAGGAGAUCUAAAUUACAGAAUUAGCGAAAUGGAUUCUGAUUUGGUAAGAAGACUGGCAGAUACAGGGAAGUAUGAGGAACUCUUAGAGAAUGACCAACUAAUCAAACAAAGAUCUGAGAGGAAAUGCUUUAAUGGUUUCAAAGAGGGCAAGAUCAAGUUCAAACCAACGUACAAAUAUGAUCCUGGGACAGACAACUGGGACACAAGUGAGAAAGGUCGCGCACCUGCCUGGUGUGACCGUAUUUUAUGGAGAGGAUCUCGAGUUAAACAGCUGGAAUACCGUAGUCAUAAUUUACUUAAAAUCAGUGACCACAAGCCUGUUAGCUCUUUGUUUGAAGUCGGGGUCAAAGUUGUUGACGUAGAGCAAGAAAGACAAGUUAUGGAGGAUGUCAUUCGAAGUCUCGACAGACACGAAAACGACAACCUUCCUCAAGUCAAGUUAAGCACUGCAGAGAUUAUUUUCAAAGAUAUCCAGUUUCUUGAGAGACAGACGGCUACCUUGGAAGUUGAGAAUAUUGGUCAGGUGCCAGCGCAGUUUGCUUUCAUAGCUAAGUUAGAUGAGACUAGGUAUUGUAAACCUUGGUUGUCGGUCAAGCCUCCUUUGGGAAUUAUAUCUAAAGGAUCCACGUUACAAGUCCGCUUGACUGUUCAUGUUGAUAAAGAAUCUGCCGGAGCCAUGAACUCUGGAGACGAGAAACUUGAAGAUAUUCUCGUCCUACACUUGGAAGGAGGAAAGGACUUUUUUGUGUCAGUCAGUGGUAACUAUCUUCCUAGCGUGUUUGGUUCGUCUAUUGAGGCAUUAGUGCGCAUGUACGGACCUAUCAGGGAAGUUCCUGUUGCAACACUAGUAGAUUUGGAGCACAUCAAUACGUCAAAUCCUUCGACGCUCUCGGAUAACCAGCCACUAGACAUUCCAAAAGAGCUAUGGCUUCUUACAGAUCACUUGUAUAACUUUGGCAUGCGUAAGGAGAAUUUAUUGAAGCAGUCUGGAUUCGAGAAAGAUCUGGAAGAGAUCAGGACACAUUUAGACUGUUGUCGAGGUGGCAAACUGCCCGGUAGCGUUUACUCUAUAGCAGAAGCUUUACUUAUUUUCUUGGAAGCCCUACCGGAACCUGUGAUUCCGUAUGCGUUUUAUCAGAGAGCGCUUGAAUGUUGUAACAACUACAUGCUUUGUAAACAGGUAAUUCUUCAAAUCCCUAAGAGCCAUCGGAAUGUGUUCACAUACAUCAGUGCCUUCCUGAGAGAGCUGCUACAACAUUCCAAUGACAAUAAACUGGACGCCAAAACUUUGGCUACUUUGUUUGGUACCUUGUUCCUAAGAGCCCCCAGAAAUAAAGAGGCGGGGCUCAGCAGGAGAUCUGUCAAUCAAUUGACGCAGAAGAAAGCGCGUUUCAUGUACAACUUCCUGAUCAACGAAUUUGGACCGGACUGAGCCCGCGAUGGGUGCAAUCUGCAGCAGUCAGCCCCAGUUUCUUUGUACUCUUGUGUAAAGUUGUUAGUAUAUUAUAUAUUUCACAAUAGCUAUAUUUCAUGAUAGUUUAUUUUUUGGGGGUGUGCUGUCCUUUAAAAAGGUAUUUUAUUAAAUAACAGCUUUAUUUUUUAUCAUAUGUUUUGUAAAUAGUUAGUUACUUCUACGCAAUGUUUGAUUUACACUUCAACACCGUUGUGGAAAAAUGUUUGAAGAAUCCACAACUAAGUUAUAGUAGAGGUUAUACUUAGAAAUUUUAAGCUCUCUUGUAAAUUUUGGAAUUUUGUGCUUUCAGGAAACCCUUAAUAAUGUAAUGAUAGCAAAUAUUGAUUCGCUUUACAAAUAGAUAGGUGGGGCCAUCCGUUUUAUUAGUAUUUGUAUCCACUGUUGUCGGGAUUGUUUUUCUCUAGUAGUGUGUUACAUUUCCUCAAUCAAUCGAAAAACGCUUCAUGUCCUUCUUGCUUUUCUUUUUUUCAUCCUCAAUGGUGAAUGUUGUCGUCUUGGUUUUGGUAGUGAAAGGAUCAGGACAUCUCUCGGAUAAAUAUCCUCAACGUUCUCAUUACCGUUUUCUCACUUGUGACGUGACUAUAAAAUCCUAUGUCGACUUGUAUUUAGGCCUCUCUCCCUCCUUGUUCCUCAUUUUUUCUUUCUGUUUGUGUGUUUGAGACAUUUUGAAGGAAAGAACCACAGUUUUUGUCGUUAUUUUUUUUGGCAUCUAUUUACUGACUUGACAACAAAGAAAUGCUUUGAAGCUAAAAUUACCCUCGGGCUUUACAAGACGAGCCAACGUUGACACAAAUAAGUUAUUUUUGUUCAACAUUCUGGAAACAUUCACGCGAGUCAUGAUAAUAUUCUUUGCAGUCAUUCUGUGUUUUUCGAGACUAAAGUCAGCUGGGAAAGCUCGGUAGAGAUUGUAAGACAGUUCACAUUUUUACGUUAUCUACGAGAAUCUAUUCAAGCGACGAGUAAGAUUGCGUUUGGAUAAGAAAAUUAAUUUUUCUACUGAAUUUUGUGCCCACCGAUGCGGAGAAAACCCUAAGUAUUUUUUACCCUAGUUAUUUUGAGUCAUCAUCCAUCUACACUCUGACAUUAUUAGAUUUCUUCUUAGUAUGUUAAGUUUAAUAAUUUUCCGUCAAUAGUAAAAUGUAACAUGAAACUGUUAGAUCUGCUAAAUUUUGUAGGUUAGCAAUAUUGCAUGAUUUGCAAUAUAUUGC